AUGGACGGACACUCGGGGCAAGCCGUGGCUGCUGGAAAUACGACGGCUGCAAAAGAAAUAGAUUCUCACGCUCGGGAAAUUCAACAGGAUAGUACGGAGGGAUCUCACCUUGGCUCCAAUAUCAUGCAAUCCUCUGAUGUACCGAUCAAAUCGACUACAGAAGCGCCUGCCGACAAUAUAGCGCACACUUCUCCAAUCCAGGCAACAGCCCAGAAGAAUUCGCACCAGCAUGAGAGCCCCGGUGCGCAAGCCGGUGCACCCAAGGAUGGAGAGAUGAAACCUCAGGCUGUGGAGGGGGCAGACAAAUCCUCACAUAAGAAAUCCGGGUCUAACUCCAGCGCUACACUCGAGCCCGAGUCACGUCCAUCUCAUCAAGCUACAGCGGUAUCCAGGCCCGGACGAGGGGAUACCUUUGCGGCCGCAGAAUCGAACUCACCCGAUGAGGACCCAAUCGACCGCCUGCCUGAAGCCGAGGCUGCUAUCCUCAGACGCCAGAUCGACUUACAAGCAAAAAAGCAGAGCAUUUUCGCCCUCCUCAGAUUCGCCACGAAGUUUGAUGUCGUGAUCAUUAUCAUCUCCAUCAUAUGUUCGAUAGCGUCCGGUGCAGCCUUACCCAUUAUGACGAUUGUGUUUGGAAACGUGCAGGGAAUAUUCACUGAUUACACGGUUUUGGGCCUGAUCAGCCUCGACGAGUUUAAGAGUGUGAUCGGCCAUUACGUGCUGUAUUUCGUAUAUCUUGCGAUCGGCACAUUCGUGGUCACAUACAUCUCAAGUCUCGGCCUUCUCUAUGUUGGUGAAGCGAUCACGGAUAGGAUCCGCCAGAAGUAUCUGGAGAGCUGCCUGCGCCAGAAUAUCGGCUAUUUCGACAAGUUUGGGACUGGGGAGUUUGCGACCAAGAUCACUGCCGACACCGUCACCAUCCAGGACGGUAUUUCUGACAAAUUUGGCCUGUUCCUCUCCUCCCUGUCCACCUUCGUCACUGGUUUUGUAAUUGGCUAUGUGUAUGCGUGGAAGUUCGCAUUGAUCCUUACCGCAACUCUCUUCGCCCUCCUAUUGAACGGCGCCAUUGCGGCUGUAUUCAUUAUUAGAUACGAUACGCCGAUGAGGGAAAACUUUUCACAGAGCGGAACCUUCAUCGAGGAAGUAUUCUCUUCGAUCCGAGUUGCGAUCGCAUUUGGUACCCAGGAACGUCUAGCUAAGCAGUACCUGAGCUAUCUUGGAAAGGUCCGGUUCUGGGGCAUCAAGCUUAAACAUGCGACUGCUUUGAUGACGGCAGGCAUCAUGUCGCUCACGUACCUAAAUUACGGCCUAGGCUUCUGGCAGGGAUCUGUCUUUAUGGCUCGCGGCGAUCUGAAGUUGUCUGACAUGAUUAUCGUCAUGAUGUCUAUCAUGAUGGGGACGUUCAACAUGAGCGUCAUCGGGCCCUAUUUUACGGUCUUCAUUGGGGCUCUGUCGGUAGCUAAUAAGAUGCUGGCUACGAUCGACCGUGAGUCUCCGCUGGAUCCCUCAACUGACGAAGGAAGUAGGGUGGAUAAUCUGGAAGGACAUAUUCGUCUCGAGAAUAUCAAGCACAUCUACCCGUCCCGAGCCGAUGUUACUGUUCUUAAUAACUUCUCCCUCGAUAUUCCAGCUGGGAAGGUGACAGCUCUCGUGGGGGCUAGUGGCUGUGGAAAGAGUACCAUUGUCGGGAUAGUCGAGCGGUUCUAUGAACCCGUUGAGGGCAAGGUGUUUUUAGACGGACACGACCUCUCGACUCUUAACAUCAGAUGGCUUCGCCAGCAGAUGGCACUUGUUGGGCAAGAGCCCACCCUCUUUGCUGCCACAAUCUCCGAGAACAUUAAGUUCGGUCUCAUUGGCACAGAGCAUGAAGAUUCCGAUGAAGAGAAGCAACAGAUACUUGUAGAGGAUGCCGCACGGCAGGCAAAUGCUCACGACUUCAUUAUGCAGCUCCCUGAUGGAUAUCAAACCAAUGUCGGCCAACGUGGUUUUCUUCUCAGUGGCGGCCAAAAGCAGCGAAUUGCGAUUGCAAGAGCCGUCAUAUCCAAUCCCAAGAUUUUGCUGCUCGACGAGGCUACAUCUGCCCUUGAUACGAAAUCCGAAGGAAUCGUACAGGUCGCGCUCGACAACGCCUCUACAGGUCGCACUACUAUCACCAUCGCCCAUCGCCUUUCAACUAUCCGCAAUGCCGAUAACAUCGUCGUUAUGAGCAAGGGAGAGAUUAUUGAACAAGGGACUCACAAUGAUCUGAUCUCAAAACAAGGGGCAUAUCACGCUCUAGUCACGGCCCAGACAAUCGAAGACAGCCAGAGGCGCUCUGUAGCUCUAUCAGUCGAAGAGGCAAUUUCCAAAGAACAGCAGAUCCUCAAGAGGGUAUCUACAUGUAAGGAUGGCGUAUUGGUGACCACAGAAAUUGAAGUCAGCGAGAAAAACAUGCUUACUUCGAGUGGUAUACUCAAUAACAUCGGGGAGAUUGAGAGUGGUAUCGCCAGUCAGAAAGUCCCACAGCAUACUAUGUGGACGCUGGUCAAGUUCGUUUCUCAGUUUAAUCGACAAGAAGCAUUCUGGAUCCUUGUGGCAUUCUUCUUCUGCGUCCUAUGCGGUCUCGCGACCCCUGUUCAAGCCAUCUUCUUCGCGAAAGAAAUUAUCGUUCUUUCAGAUGUGGAAUUACAAGGGGCCGACAGAUGGGCGAUCCAGUCCAGCUCGAACUUUUGGUCUCUGAUGUUCUUGAUGCUUGGCCUGGUGCAAUUCCUGACCAAUGCCGUCUCCGGGAGCCUUCUCGGCUGGGCGAGCGAGCAUCUCAUCCAGAGACUCCGAGAUAAGACGUUCUCCGCCAUGCUGCGACAGGAUGUAAGUUACUAUGACGAGGAUGACCACAACCCCGGGGCCCUCACGGCAUACGUAGCCAUGGAGACUACCCAUGCAUCUGGUAUCACAGGAUCCGCUCUCGGAACCAUCAUUCAAUCUGCCGCCAACCUAGUCGCCAGUCUAGUCUUGUCCCUUGCUAUCGGAUGGAAGCUGGCUCUUGUUGUAUUUCCCGCCGUUCCUCUGGCCGUCGCAUGUGGUUUCUUCCGCUGGUGGGUACUUGCUCGCCAUCAGCGCCGGAUCGAGACCGUUUACGCCGAGUCGGCAGGUUUCGCCAGUGAGAGUAUCUCCGCCAUUAGAACAGUGGCAUCCCUCACACGAGAGAAACAGGUCACUGUCCAGUACGAGAGAUCCCUGAUGGAACAGCAAAAGAAGAGUAUCAAAUCAGUAGCGAAAUCGAGUCUGAUUGCUGCUGCGGCCCAGUCAGUUCAGUAUCUAUGCUAUGGCCUGGGAUUUUGGUAUGGUAGCACUCUUAUGGCCACUUUCGAGUACAGUCUAUUCCAGUUCUUCGUAUGCUUCAUGGCGAUGAUCAUGGGCGCAUCAUCAGUUGGGAGCUGUUUCUCCUUCGCACCCGACCUGGCCAAAGCAAAGUCGGCGGCUGCAAAGCUGAAGACGCUGAUCGAAGACUCAAAGCCCCUGAUCGAUACCUCCGAUGACUCCGGCGAUACUCUGACAGAGGCGGAAGGGUAUCUAGAGUUCAAAGACGUCAUCUUCCGAUACCCGUCGCGGCCUCAUGUGCCAGUUCUGCGUGGCCUCAACCUGAAGGUAGAGCCAGGCCAGCAUAUCGCCCUGGUGGGCAGCUCCGGAUGCGGCAAGAGUACCACCAUUGCGCUGCUGGAGCGAUUCUAUGACCCCCUGGCUGGGCAGGUUCUACUUGACGGAAAGGAUAUAUCACUCAUCAACAUCAAUGAUUAUAGAUCGCACAUUGCCCUCGUCAGCCAGGAACCAACUCUCUUCCAAGGGACAAUCCGAGAAAACAUCAGCAUGGGCUCCUCUAAAGACUUGUCUGACGAAGCUUUGGAGAUUGCCUGCCGCGAGGCCAAUAUCUACGAUUUCAUCCUAUCUCUUCCUGAAGGAUUCAAUACCGUCGUCGGUAGCCGUGGUGGACUUCUGUCAACAGGGCAAAAACAGCGCGUCGCCAUUGCUAGAGCAUUGGUCAGGCAGCCCAAGAUCCUCCUCCUUGAUGAAGCAACCUCAGCGCUAGAUUCAGAAUCGGAGCAUGUGGUGCAGGCGGCUCUUGACCGCGCGGCAAAGGGCCGGACGACAGUCACCGUGGCGCACCGGCUGAGCACGAUCCAGCAUGCAGAUGUCAUCUACGUCUUCGAUAAGGGGUGUGUAGUAGAGUCGGGUACUCAUUCAGAGCUGAUGGCACUGAAUGGGGCGUAUGCUGAGUUGGUGAGGAUGCAGUCUUUGGAUCAGAAGGAAGAGAAAAGGGGGGGUUCUGCUUAG